AGAGGGCAAAGUGCAUCCAAAGACAAAGACCUCACAUACGCCAUUUGCGGGAAUCGGAAAAGGUUUGGAAUUAUCCCCGAAGAUUUUUGAUUUCCGUGAGGAUACUGCUUGGAUGACCCAUGGAUAAGAGUAUGGGCACACACUAAAGGGGACUGUGUGUAUUUGUCAUCAUUCCUGAUACAAAUGGAUUGUACUUGAGAUUUUUUGUAUGUGCCAAGGCAACAACUAACAGACCCUGGGAACUCCAUCUUGGUUUGAAGGUGAUUAGGAAGUGAAGUCUUCCAGGCCAGAGGAGGUCCAAUGGACGUCCUGGGAGAAAAUGAGGCCCUUCAACAGUUUUUUUAUGGGCAGGAUGUCAGUGAGGUGGUGGACACCAGCUUGCUGGAGCAGUAUCUCAGCAAUGACUAUCACCACAGCAUCAUGCUCCCUGAGUCACCCCCGGACUCCGGAUCAGAACCCUGCUCUCCUCCUCAGAUGACCGAUGUGCAUGCGGUGACAAGCAGCUGGUCGCCAGAGCAACUGCGUGAGAAGGCCCUGCACCUUGCGACAGCCAGGUCCGCUGCCGUCUCCUGCAGACUCACAGAGCAGCCCCUACAGGUCCCCUACAGCGCGCCGCCGCCGCCCCGGUGCCACCCGGUCCACCCCCAGCUCCACCCUCACCUCAGUAACGUCCAAGUCAGCGCACACCCUGCCACACGUGCCCACGAACCGCCCAUCCACCCGCAGUACUUGAGCCCAGCGGACAGCUACAUCCAGGCCCAGACCUCGCCCUUAGCUCCUGGACGCGAGGCCCUUCAGCAGCCCCAGUGUUUGGGCCCACAGGGGGUCUACCCCAGGACUAAUGCACCCUCCGCUCCUUCAACCUCCCCUUGUCUUGUUCAGAGUCCAGCGGGACCCGAGCCAGACUACCAGUUCCUCCAGCACACGUCUGGCCAUCAACCAGGGCCUGCCCUGACUGACAGUAAGAAGAGGCGACGCUCGGAGUCCUUUGAAGCCGCUGCAGACAAUGGUCUCUGGGGCGUCUCAGUCUGGACCAAGGCUCCUUACAUGGGCGCAGACGGGGGUGGCUGUGAGAUGUCCACGUAUGACAGCGAUACGGCCGGUGGCGGCUCUGUGCAAGGGGCAUACCCACUGCUGGCCUGGGACCAGCAUCAGGCUGACCAGUGGCGCACCCUUUACAAUGACAGAUAUGAGAACCUCCCACCACCUGGUUAUCAUGUGGACACAGACAAAGGCUUCAACUACUCCUCAGCCGACGAAGCCUUUGUAUGCCAGAAGAAGAACCACUUCCAGGUCACAGUUCAUGUCAGGAUGGAGGGUGACCCCAAGUUUGUCAAAACCCCCAAAGGCCCAGCACCUAUCGACAGCUUCUACGUGAAUGUGUUUGGGAUGAAGUUGGAGGCUCACAGUAAUCUCAUCACCAUUGAGCAGUCACAGUCAGAUCGUAGCAAAAAGCCGUUCUUACCUGUCAAUGUAAAUCUGCCGGGAGAUAAGAUCACCAAGGUAACUCUGGGGAGACUGCACUUCAGUGAGACCACAACGAACAACAUGAGGAAAAAGGGCAAACCGAACCCUGAUCAGAGGUAUUUCCUGAUGGUGGUGGGACUGUAUGCAUCGGUGAAGGGGGAAAGCCAUCUGGUGGUGGCUCACAUGUCUGAGAGAAUCAUAGUCAGGGCUUCAAACCCUGGCCAGUUUGAGAAUGACAGUGAGGUCCACUGGCAGCGGGGCCAGACGCCGGACUCAGUGGUGUGCCAGGGGAGGGUGGGCAUCAACACGGAGACACCCGACGAAGCCCUGGUGGUCUGUGGCAAUGCCAAGAUCAUGGGAUCGGUCAUGCAUCCCUCUGACAGACGUGCCAAGCAAAACAUACAAGAGGUGAACUCAAUAGAGCACCUGAAGAGGAUAUCACAGAUGAGGAUCGUGGAGUAUGAUUACAAGCCGGAGUUUGCCGAAAAGAUGGGGAUCAAGCAUGUCCACGAAACAGGGGUCAUUGCUCAGGAGGUGCAGGAGGUUCUACCAAAUGCAGUCAAGGAGGUGGGAGACAUCACCUGCACAGAUGGAAAGGAGAUCAAGAACUUCCUCAUGGUGGACAAAGAGCAGAUUUUCAUGGAGAAUGUGGGUGCAGUCAAGCAGCUGUGUAAGCUGACAGACGACCUGGAGACACGUAUCCAGGAGCUGGAGGUGUGGAAUAAUCGGCUGACCAAGGUCACAACCUCGGUGCCAACCACUGCAGCCGGCCCCAAAGGGAAAGUGGACAAAAUCCACACUGUUCCACCCCCGCCACGGAAACGGUCCCCGCUUGCAUCAGUAAAAAAGUACUUCGGCGAGAAGUACAAACACUGCUGUCACCACAGAGCCUUUCAAACCGGCAUCCUGACAGUGGUGGCUGUGCUGGCCUUCUGUGUCAUCUCCAUCACUGCUAUCUAUAUGCUCACGUUAAAUGAAGACUUUGACUUUGGAAACAAUGUCUUACCGAUAGAGCCAAAUACAACUUUCCCAAUCACAGGACCCUCGACAGAUCCUUCUCAACCUUGGCCCCCAGAAGUCGUUUUUUGCUUCCUGUUGGAAUGUGAUCAGGUCUACUGCUGCCCGUCAGAUCCAGGGGAAAGCCACACUAGGACCAACUCUGCCAUUACUGUAGAACCCUAUACAAACUCACAACCAUCAGGUCAAUUCAAUGAUGAAAGACAGGGUGGCAAUUAUAGACGAACAUCGACAAGAAACUCAGCAGAAUGGACAAAUGCAACGAUCCAGUCCAUCAUCGUAAUGCCGAGUCAGCAAGUCAUUGACCAGCGCUACUGCCUGGAGGGGAUGUGUGAGCCUGGGAACUACAGCUACGCCAUCCCCAUCAGCAAGUUUGUCCCUGUCGACAUGAACAUCACUCUGCAGAUGAAUUCCACAGAGCCCCUGGUAGUACACAAGUGCCACGCCGACGAGACGAACCACUGCGCCUCUGCCAUGGCCUCUGGUGAUGAGGAGGAGUAUCUGAACAGCACUCAGGGUUAUCUGCACGAGUGGGUGUUACCAGUUGCUCGACUCCAUCAAAGUUCCUACCACUUACGUGCUGCUAAAGCUGGACUAGCAGACUGCAGUACUGACCCCAGCCACAUGGGGGCAUCGUUCACAGAUUACCACCUUCACUUCUAUCGGCGCUGUGAUUAAGAUCCAACUCAACUGCCCCCGCAACCUUUCCCCCUGUCCACUAUGUGUAUAGAGCUAAUGAAUGUGUUUGUUUCUUUUUUGCGACUGACAUGUCGAAGAAAGUGAGAGAACGAGAGAGAGGGUCUACUGUCUAACAUUUUCUACUUAGAGUUCUGAUUCACCAUGUUGUACAGCAAUAAGUCUUUCCUCCAAAGUUAUAUCAAUUUACAGUUCCCCUUCUGUGUAUUUAUGAAUGUAAUAGUGCUGUUAUGUGUAGCACGCCAUUUGAAAAUCUAUCCACUUGCACUGUUUGAAAAUGAGCAAUACCGCAAUUGAUGACUUUGAUGAUUUGCAGAAAGUGAACCGAAUUUAACCUUCUUCGGGGAUCAUACGGUUAAAACUCAGAUGUAGACCAAUAUCUCAUUUACUGUGUGUCCCAGGACAGCCAUAUUCAUUAACUCUGCACUUGACAGAAUCCCUGGUACCCAUCCAGCAUCACUGAGACAGAUUACUUUGUACAGCAAUUAGGAACUGGACACCUGGGCUGGAUUGCUUUUUUAUGUAAAACCUUAAUUAAAAGGACGAAGAUGGUCCUUCAUUUAAGGCUGACCUCACUGGCAUAUCAACCAGAGACCAAGUGCACUUUGAACCACUCCUUAUCACUGACAGGUGAAAUGAAUGAAUGACCGAAGGAGUGAACGAUCGAAUGAAUGAAUGAAAGAAUGAAAUAUAUUAUGCCAUUUUUUAUUCACUGUUUUGAACUUUAGAUCUUCUAUUAAAUAUGUAUUCACCCGUCACUAUUUUGAACUUCUUGUAAUGGUUAAGCCCACACUGGCCUGUGAUGCCGACUGUUUCACACUAGCUGUGUUCACUGUGCACUGGUAGGUCUUGUGAUAUCACAGACAUUCCAGAGAGUUCUGGCAGCUUUCUCUGUGUGGCAGCCAUUCAGUGCUCCCCAUUUUAAGCCCACGUGUCCUUGUCACAGAGAGGGAGUAGAAAGGAGCAGGAUGGGAAAAAAAUGGAUUUGGAGCAAAGAGGAGAAUGAAGAAUAAAGCAUGGGCAACAAUGAGUGGUAAUCCCUA